GAUGGGGGCAGGUGUGGACUGGGGUGGGUUUGUCUUGGGCCUGGAUGGGAGGACUACAGCACCUCCAACCAGAGCACCUUCAUCCAGAGACAGUUUGGAGCCAUGCUGCAGCCCGGGGUCAACAAGUUCAGUCUGCGCAUGUUUGGGUCCCACAAAGCUGUGGCACUGGAGCAGCAGAGGACUGAACAGCAGGGGUCCUGGAUCAUACACCCUUACAGUGACUUCAGAUUCUACUGGGACCUGUUGAUGCUGAUGUUGAUGAUGGGGAACUUAAUCAUCCUGCCAGUGGGCAUAACUUUCUUUAGAGAGGAGAACACUCCCUCGUGGAUCAUCUUCAACGUCGUCUCCGACACUCUCUUCAUGGUCGACUUGGUUCUCAACUUCAGGACCGGCAUCAUCAAAGAGGACAACACUGAGAUAUUGCUGGACCCCAGGGCGAUUCGCCAGAAAUAUCUGAAGAACUGGUUCCUCGUGGACUUUGUGUCCUCCAUCCCGGUGGACUACAUCUUUCUGAUGGUGGACAGUCUGGACUCCGAGGUCUACAGGACGGCCAGGGCGCUGCGCAUCGUCCGCUUCACCAAAAUCCUGAGCCUGCUUCGACUGCUCCGCCUGUCCCGACUCAUCCGCUACAUCCAUCAGUGGGAGGAGAUCUUCCAUAUGACCUAUGACCUUGCCAGUGCCAUGGUGAGGAUCGUGAAUCUGAUCGGGAUGAUGCUGCUGCUGUGCCACUGGGAUGGCUGUCUGCAGUUCCUCGUCCCCAUGCUGCAGGACUUCCCUCCUGACUGCUGGGUUUCCAAGAAUCUGAUGGUGGUGGGUCUCUAAACAGCCCUCCGCAUUUAACGUGACUGAUGUGUUUCUGAAUUUAUGUUAUCGUGUAGUCAAACAAUGCCAUGACAUCUGAUAAAACGCACAAAGCGAUAUCUCAGCUUGUUUGAACAGUGUGCACAAUAUGUUUUAUUCUGAUAAAUGCAAAACACAGAUUCAAUAUACCCCGGGUCAUGUUAUCUUUAUGUGUGCAGA